AUGUCGGAUACGCCGCCGCGAGUGAAGGUCUAUACCCUGAAUGAAGACCGGCAAUGGGACAACCGAGGCACCAGGCACGUCUCUUGCACUUAUGUGGAGGAACUCAAGGGGAUGUCGCUGCUGGUUUGGGAAGAGUCCGACGGAUCACGACUCUUGGAAUCAAAGAUAAAUCCAAACACUGCAUAUCAGAAACAACAGGAUACAUUAAUUGUUUGGUCAGAAGCUGAAAACUAUGAUCUGGCUCUAAGCUUUCAGGAAAAAGCUGGCUGUGGUGAAAUCUGGGAAAAAAUUUGUCAAACAGUUCAAGGUAAGGAUCCAUCAGUGGAAGUCACACAGGACCUCAUUGAUGAGUCAGAAGAAGAACGAUUUGAAGAAAUGCCUGAAACCAGUCAUCUGAUUGACCUGCCCACGUGUGAACUCAAUAAACUUGAAAAGAUUGCUGACUUAGUUACCUCAGUUCUCUCCUCACCUAUCCAUAGGGAAAAGCUGGCUCUGGCCUUGGAAAAUGAAGGCUAUAUUAAAAAACUACUGCAGUUGUUCCAAGCUUGUGAGAACCUAGAAAACACUGAAGGCUUACACCAUUUGUAUGAAAUUAUUAAAGGAAUCUUAUUCCUAAAUUAGGCAACUCUGUUUGAAGUAAUGUUUUCUGAUGAGUGUAUCAUGGAUGUCGUGGGAUGCCUUGAAUAUGACCCUGCUUUGGCUCAGCCAAAAAGGCAUAGAGAAUUCCUGACCAAAACUGCAAAGUUUAAGGAAGUUAUACGAAUAACAGAUGAACUAAGGCAAAAAAUACAUCAGACUUACAGGGUGCAGUACAUUCAGGACAUCAUUUUGCCUACACCAUCCGUUUUUGAAGAGAAUUUUCUUUCUACUCUUAUGUCUUUUAUUUUCUUCAACAAAGUUGAGAUAGUCAGCAUGUUGCAGGAAGAUGAGAAGUUUUUAUCUGAAGUGUUUGCACAAUUAACAAAUGAGGCUACAGAUGAUGAUAAACGGCGUGAAUUGGUUAAUUUUUUCAAGGAACUUUGUGCAUUGUCUCAGACAUUACAACCUCAAAACAGGGAUGCAUUUUUCAAAAUUUUGGCAAAGUUGGGGAUUCUUCCUGCUCUUGAAAUUGUAAUGGGCAAGGAUGAUUUGCAAGUCAGAUCGGCUGCUACAGAUAUAUUUUCUUAUCUAGUAGAGUUUAGUCCAUCCAUGGUCCGAGAAUUUGUAAUGCAAGAAGCCCAGCAGAGUGACAAUGACAUUGAUAUCCUCCUCAUUCAUGUAGUAAUUGAACAAAUGACCUGUGAUACUGACCCUGAGCUAGGAGGUGCUGUUCAGUUAUUGGGACUGCUUCGUACUCUAAUUGAUCCAGAGAACAUGCUGGCUACAACUACCACAACUGAAAAAAGUGAAUUUUUAAAUUUCUUCUACAUCUAUUGUAUGCAUGUCCUCACAGCACCACUUUUGACCAAUAAUUCAGAAGACAAAUGUGAAAAGGAUAAUAUAGUUGGAUCUAAUAAAAACAGCACGAUUUUUCCUGAUAAUUAUCAAACAGCACAGCUGCUUGCCUUAAUUUUAGAGCUAUUCACAUUUUGUGUGGAACAUCACACAUAUCACAUAAAAAACUAUAUUAUGAAUAAGGACUUGCUAAGAAGAGUCUUGGUCUUGAUGAAUUCAAAGCAUACUUUCCUGGCCUUGUGUGCUCUUCGUUUUAUGAGGCGGAUAAUUGGCCUUAAAGAUGAAUUUUAUAAUCGUUACAUCACCAAAGGAAAUCUUUUUGAGCCAGUUAUAAAUGCUCUUCUGGAUAAUGGAACUCGGUACAAUCUGUUGAAUUCAGCUGUUAUUGAGUUAUUUGAAUUUAUAAGAGUGGAAGAUAUCAAAUCUCUUACGGCACAUAUAGUUGAAAACUUUUAUAAAGCACUUGAAUCGAUUGAAUAUAUUCAGACAUUCAAAGGAUUGAAGACUAAAUAUGAGGGUUACAAGAUGAAUCAGAAACUGAACAGUAACAGAUUUCGCAGAGAUGCAAAAGCCUUGGAAGAGGAUGAAGAAAUGUGGUUUAAUGAAGAUGAAGAGGAAGAAGGAAAAGCAGUUGUGGCACCAGUGGAGAAAUCUAAGCCAGAAGAUGAUUUUCCAGACAGUUAUGAAAAAUUUAUGGAGACUAAGAAAGCAAAAGAAAGUGAAGACAAGGAAAACCUUUCCAAAAGGACCUUUUCUGGUGGCUUCCAAUUUACUUUCUCCCACUCCGCUAGUGCUGCUAAUGGAACAAACAGUACAAACAGUAAAUCUGUAGUGGCUCAGACACCACCAGCAAGUUCUAAUGGGUCCUCUUCCAAAACUACAAACUUGGCUACGUCAGUAACAGCCACCAAGGUAUGUGAAACUGCUCUACACAUAAACAAACUUGGCUUUUUCCAUCUGUAAAGUCAUUUUAUGUUCCCUGAAGAAAAUUUGGAUAAUAAAAAUAAUUUCAAAGAA